AUGAUGGACGAUCUUACAGAACAACAGGAAGUGACUGUUGAUUAUGAGAGGCAUGGUUAUCGUUCAUAUCUAGUCUUCAUUUGUCUCUUACAGCUAUCAACGCGCUCAGAUGACUAUCUUGUGGAUACAUUGCUGCUAAGAGAUGAACUGCAUGUAAAUUUAUUAAAUACUGUAUUUAUGAACCCAAAAAUAUUAGAAGUGAGCACAAAUCCUAAAUAG